GUCCGGUGCCCCCUUCUCCAAACUCCAAGUAGUCCCGGCCGGCUAUAAAGCUACCCACAUCACCUUCCUGCUCUCUUCCCAUCUCUACCCGGCCCUCACACAACUAGCUAGUCUCACAAUUUAAGCUCCAUUAUCCCUGCCGGCCGGCCAAACACAGCAGCUAGCUAGCUGCAUACAUCGUACCAAUAAUCGAUCAACUAAUUCGGGAUCAAGGAAAAAGAAGCACAGGGGCAUCGAGAUCGAUUGGGCAUGGGGAGGGCGCCGUGCUGCGACAAGGCGACGGUGAAGAAAGGGCCGUGGUCGCCGGAGGAGGACGCCAAGCUCAAGGCCUACAUCGACGACAACGGCACCGGCGGCAACUGGAUCGCCCUCCCACAGAAGAUCGGGCUGAAGAGAUGCGGCAAAAGCUGCAGGCUGAGAUGGCUCAACUAUCUGCGGCCAAACAUCAAGCACGGCGACUUCACCGAAGAAGAAGAGCACAUCAUUUGCAGCCUCUACAUUAGCAUCGGCAGCAGGUGGUCGAUCAUCGCGGCACAGCUGCCGGGCAGGACGGACAACGACAUCAAGAACUACUGGAACACCAAGCUCAAGAAGAAGCUCCUCGGCAAGCGCGCCCCUUCCCGCCGCGCCCGCACAAGCCUCCAGCUCCAUGACCCCCAGCCGCCGCUCCAUGGCAUGGCAGCCGCGGGCGCCGGCAGCGCCGCCCUGAGCUCGUCGGCGCUAGAGCGCAUCCAGCUCCACAUGCGCCUGCAACAAGCUGGCCUCUACAGCACCGCCAUGCCGCAGUGGGCGCCGGCGCCCAAGCUCGAGGCCACGGACGCCAUCGCCAUGACUACUACUGUCAGCACGCAGCAGCAGCAGCAGCAGCAGCAGCACAUUCCUGAUCAGAGCUUGCUACUGAACUACUCUUCUUCUUCCGCCGCCGAGCUUGCUGCUGCUGAAGCGGCCUGCAAUGGCGCCGCCGCCGAGAUGUCGUCAAUGGCGGGUAAUGCUAAUGCCAUUGCCGGGUUCGGCUCCUACGGCCACGUGGACGAGCUGUAUGACUUCCUCUACAGCAAUCACUCUGCAGCAGCAGCUGUCGGGGCUUUCGAGGGCGGGAUGACCAUCCCUUCGCUGCUGCCGGAGCUGCAUGGCGGCGCCGCCGUCGUCGGUGCAGAUGAGAAGUUCUCGGCGUGGACGGCAGCGGCGGCGUCCUGCGGCGAGUUUGGGACGACGACCGGAGGAGGGCAGCUUCAACUCCAUGGCAGCUGCGACUCCAUUAAUAAUCUGCAGGAUUUUGUUUUAGGCUACGAUCAAUGAUAGUGGUUUUGGUGUGUCAGUGUGUUGUAUGUACAUCCAAUGAACAUCCAAUUGAUAGUUGAUAUAUAUGCAUGCAUGCAUGCUUUGUUUGAUUGUUUCCAUUUAGACUUGUUUGUUAAUACAUAUAUAUAUUGUAUGUACUGUAAUAAAUUGACAUUUUUUGAACUCUCAUAUAUA